UAGCAAUGUUCAAUGCAUGGAUGAAUUGUACAUUAAUAAACACAACAAUAAGCUGUUUAGAUUCAUGGAAUCGAGAAAAUUGGAUUCUUACAGAUGCUAUGAGAACACCAAUGGGUCCGGUAUUUGAUCAAAGAUGGGAAGAAUUUCAAGAACUAAAAUUUCCAGAAAACGGCUAUUUGGAUUCGGCAGGUGUAUCAAUUCCAAAAACAGGAGCGAUGUCUAUUUCAAUUCGUUCAUGGCAGAAUGUGCACAUUUCGGUCUGUCUUCUUCGUUCUUUCAUAUCUUACAAUAGACGUUCUCUGAUUAAGUUAUUUUGUUUUGCAAUAACAUUAAGAUAUGAUGAUACGGAGUUCACGGUUCAAUAUGAGAAGUUUAUUUAUUUAGACAACGAUUCACUUCGCCACCGCACUGUCACCGACAAAAUCUCCAAAAGAUUAACAUCAUUAUCUGAGACUGAAUGGCGAACGUUCGUUAUUUCAUGGGAUUUUUGGAAAAGAAAUAUAUCUGUUUAUGAUACUAACAAUAAUAACAGAAUGCUUACAAUUGAAAAUACAGAAAAGUUUAACUUUACUGUCGACGAAUUUGACAAUUUUUACACUUUAUUUUCCAUCAAAACAUUCAGACAAGAAACAAAGCAAUUACCCAAAGUGUUGUGUCGCUUCCAUGACUACACUUUCCUGUACACAGUUGACGAAAAUGCAAUUUUAACAACUCGUUCUUAUAAACCUAAUACUCAGAAGAUGUGCAUACAGUUAUCACUAGGCUUGUGUGCAGNAUGUAAUGCAGANGUCNNGAUNAUUGANUCUACAACGCAUAAANUAUUACACUCUGUAACAGCUAAAGGCUCACUAAAUGCUGCGAUUCACGGNUUACCUAUGUGGCAACUCGUUAAACUUGAUGGAAAUUUUUCCGCCGACACUUAUAUUAGNNAAAUAAAAAUCCGUGUAAUACCCAAAAUUACGAAGCCUACUCAUAACCCGUUAUGGGCAAUAGNUCAUGUUAGUCAAUGUCCCAAUACAGACGUUUUGAGGAAAGGAAUUAUUUCGCAAAAAAAUAACAAUGCUACUUUGUUGUCGAAUAUAACUUGCCAAAAAUUAUUUUUUAACGAAAAUACUGUCGUAAGUUCUCUGCCAAAAGUUACAAACAGCAUAGAUCUAGACACAGAUGACAAAAUUUGUCCUGAAGGAAAAAUUGGACCAGAUUGUUUCUUUUCCUGCGAACAUGAUCUAAACAGCUCUUUUAACUGUAGAGGAACUGCAGUCUGUUACAAACAUGGUUGUUUAUGUUCUCCAGGAUUUCAAGGCGAUACAUGCUCUGAUUUAUGUAACAACAAUUGGUAUGGGUAUAAUUGUACAAACAAGUGCGGUUCAUGCAACUCUUUUGGAUGUAACAAAAGAACUGGAGAAUGUAUUAACGGAUGUGCUGAUAACUUGAAAAUAUUGUACGUGCCACCCUUGUGUCAUAUAGGCAUAGAUAAGCUCACAGAACCUGAAAUUGUCUCUGUCACUUCAACAAGCAUCCGAACUAAACUUCCUAUAGUGUGGAAACAAGAAUAUGAAAAAAUACAAAUAACUUAUUCGUUCACUAUUAUGGGAGAAAAUAACUACACCUUUUCGCAAUCGUGGAAUAAACUGUUAAAAAAUAUGACACAUUUGACAGGAUAUUUCACCAAUUUGAAUCCUGGUUCUGUUUAUUCAGUCAAAUGCAAAUUGCUUGCAGUAAAUGAAAUAAUUGAAAGCAAGUGGCAAAGUGUGGAAACUGAUUGCGAACCAAUAAAAAUCUUUACCGUAUUGUCUACGGAAAACAGUAUAAUUAUUGGAUGGCAAAAUACUUCAGAUCACUUAUUUCCAUGUCCAGCACAUUGGUAUUAUGUAACUCUUCAAAAUAAAAAUACAGGCGAGAUUAUUUCUAAUUCAACAGUUACCACUUUUCCCCAUAAAGUGUCAGNUUUACCAUCACAUACUGUUUUCAACGUGAUUGUGAGUCGUCCGCGACUUGCUCAUAUAACCAUAAAACAUAGCNUCANGUUCAUCACUCAUAUUCGUACAUUACGAAGCGCUUCAACAAGAGUAUUAGAUAUUCAACAUUUUGCAAACUCGAGCACACAAGUCACUCUGAAAUGGAACUCUCCAGAUUAUUCAAGCAUAGUGCUAUAUGAAAUAACAUUAAAGGUAAUUUUAU